AUGAAAAGGCACAACCAAAGUUCUGUGGUUGAAUUCAUUCUCUUGGGCUUUUCUAACUUUCCUGAACUCCAAGCGCAACUCUUUGGGAUCUUCUUGGUUAUUUAUCUGGUGACUCUGAUGGGAAACACAGUCAUUAUCAUUGUCAUCUCCCUGGACCAGCGUCUUCAUGUCCCCAUGUACCUGUUCCUCCAGAACCUGUCUGUGGUGGAAGUGAGUUUCAGUGCAGUCAUUAUGCCUGAAAUGCUGGUGGUCCUCUCCACUGAGAAAGCGACUAUAUCUUUUGCUGGCUGUUUUGCACAGAUGUAUUUCAUUCUUCUUUUUGGUGGGACUGAAUGUUUUCUCCUGGGGGCAAUGGCUUAUGACCGAUUUGCUGCAAUCUGCCAUCCUCUGAGCUACCCAGUGAUUAUGAACAAAAGGGUUUUUAUGAAUUUAGUUAUAUCCUCAUGGGCCUUAGGUUUCACAAUGACUACUGUACAAACUCCAUGGGUUUUUAGUUUUCCUUUUUGUGGACCCAAUGAAAUUAAUCAUCUCUCUUGUGAAACCCCUCCGGUGCUAGAGCUUGCAUGUGCGGACACCUUCUUGUUUGAAAUCUAUGCAUUCACAGGCACUCUUUUAAUUAUUCUGGCUCCUUUUGUUUUGAUACUCUUGUCCUACAUUUGGAUUCUCUUUGCCAUCCUGAAGAUGCCAUCAACCAUGGGGAGGCAAAAGGCCUUUUCCACCUGUGCCUCUCAUCUCAUAUCUGUGACCCUCUUUUAUGGCACAGCCAGUAUGACAUAUUUACAACCCAAAUCUAGCUACUCUCCAGAAACCAAGAAACUGAUGUCACUGUCCUAUUCAUUGCUUACCCCUCUGCUGAACCCACUGAUCUACAGCUUGCGAAAUAGUGAGAUGAAAAGAGCUUUCAUGAAAUUAUGGCGAAGAAAAGUGGUUUCACACAUAGUCUGA